GACUUUUUAAACUUUCUGACCAGUAUGGUAAUCCAUGUAUUUGCUGUGUUGUGUCCGAUGCAGCUCCAGUCGCAUUUCCUAUGGAGAUACGGUACCGCCCCAUCCUGGAGAGUUUGGUUCCGCCUGAUCCCAUGUCCCAGUUCAAGCUGAAGAGACGGUCUCCUGAGGAGGAGUUUCCUGACCUGUGCAGGAAUUACACUUGGAUGGGACGGAUCCUCACACCAGCCAUGUACUGCCGACAGUUCAACCGCUGCACCCACAGCGGAGUCAUCUUUGAUGAUGUAAUCCGUCCAGGCAUUGAGGAACCAGGUGACUGCUCAGGUCCUGCAUCUGUUGGCUGUGUCGCCGGUGACGCCCAGUCCUACAUCCUGUUCUGUGACUUCUUUGAUCGAAUAAUCGAAGCUUAUCAUGAACACAAGGUCACCAACCAAACUCCAGAGAGUGACUGCAACUUUGACAACCUAAAGGGUGGGGAUGACUUCGACACUACAUAUGCUGUACAUUGUGAGGUCAGUGCUGUUCGAGGUAUAGAAGACUUCUGCUUUCCAACACACUGCAGCCGAGGCGAGCGGAGACGGCUCCUCUCGCUGGCCAGAAGAGCUCUGCAGCGACUGGAGGACGAGCUGCCAGGAUGUCUCUUCAUGCUGGAGGAACUAAACCCAGAGCAGCAGAAGAAGCUGAACCUAAACCCUCCAUCAUACUCGCAGCUCCGUACCGGUGUGGCCCGGGACUGGCCUGACGCUAGAGCAGUCUGGGUGAGUAAAGAUGGCCGCUUGGUGGUCUGGGUUAACAUGGAGGACCACCUCAGGCUGGUAUCAGCACGGGACGAUGCUAAUGUGGCUGAAGCUUUUAAAUGCAUCUGCAUCAAUCUGCAGAGGCUAGAGGAGUACUAUCGAGAGCUCAGGCACCCGUUCAUCUAUAAGCAGCAGCUGGGAUGGGUGACCAGUUCCCCGGCUGAUGUGGGAACAGGUCUGAGGGUCAACGUCUACAUGAAGCUGCGACUCCUUCCUCAACACAAACGUCUCCAAGAUGUCCUGAAGAGACUGAGGAUUCACAUGAACAAAACAGAAUCUCUGACAGUGUAUCGCGUGAGCAACGCCAUCACUUUUGGCCUGAGUGAAGUGGAACUUACUCAGCUGGUGGUAGACGGGGUCAAACUGCUCAUCACCAUGGAGAAAAGGCUGGAGGCAGACCAAGACAUCGACAAGCUCGUUCCUACGCAGAAGUAGGACUGGAUUUGUAGGACUAAUAUUUGUCCUCUUAAACCUUCAAAACCGUUGGGUGUACCAGCACUCCUGACAGGAUUGCCAGCGUGCACAAUGUCAGGAGCAACUUUAAGACUGUGGGUUUUAAAGGGUUAAAGCAUCAUGAGAUGAUUUUUGUUCUGAAUUGGUGCUCUCAGUGAAUCAAACUGAAGGUCUGGAGGAUGACUGCGUAUCUAUUCAAGUUCUCAGGAGGAGUUUAGGAUUAGAAUGAGUUUGAGGUGAGUGUAGUUACAGCUCAUUUUCAUUAGUUUAGUGCCUCGAUUUAACUUUUCGUUAUAUGUAUUUUGUAAAACAGAGAACAGACUGAGACAUUUCUGUGAGAUGAAUUUAACUUUCUAAACAGAACCAAAGUGACUGGACAUCACCACCGCUGCAUGAACCAGUGGAAUAAAGAUCCUUACUGUGA